CGGCCCGGGUUCCGCCUCCGGGCCGACAAAAAGGGUCGCGCUUUCGAGUGCGCGCAGUAGCCUGCUUCCUCGAAGGGCCGCGGCGCAGCCGAGUUGAAACUCCGCGCCGAGACGCCGCGCCGGACCUUCGGACAGUCCAGCCGUGCGCAUUCGUCGAGUGUGUACAGCAAAGACAGCCCAGAAGCAAUGGACACGUCGCGGAGCCUGCUGCUGAGCCUCGUCGCUCUGGCCCUGCUGGGAUCCUCGGUGACGUCAGCCUUCUACCGAGGAAGGCCGGGAAGCAGCUUGGCGCUGGCCAAGAGGCUGGAGACUGAGCUCGCCGAGGACGAAGAGUACACCGCGCUGCCCGGUGCCUUGGAAGCCUUCGAGUGGCGCUCCCGGUUCCCCGCAGUGGCGCCGGCGGACAUUAGUGGCUUCUACCCUUUCUUCAGGCCCACGUCCCUCGCCAAGAAGAACAAGGACGCGCCGCGGUCUAUAGACCCGGCCGCCGCUGCGAACCGCAAGUUCCAGACGCAGGGAUGGAGGCGCUGAUCGCCAGGACGAGACACUACUGGACACUGAGACAUUAAAGCUCACGUUUGGUCGUUUGUUGUGGGAUAAAGAUAUCUGUUUUCUCG